GACCUAUCAGUCUGUGUUUUGGGCCGGCGGGGGCCAAUGGCGCGGCGGGGGAGGCGGGCCCGGGCUGUGUUAGGGUGUCCUUGCAGGGUGUCUGAGCUAAACUUCACCAAAUAAUAGCUGUUUGUAUUUUGGCUGCUGCAGGAGCCAUUUUAGAAGUAAAUUUCUCCCUUCAAUAGAUGAUAAUGAAAAUACAGAAGAAAGAGAAGCAGUUGUCAAAUUUUAAAGUUCUGAAUCACUCCCCAAUGUCGGAUGCCUCAGUCAACUUUGACUACAAGUCUCCAUCCCCAUUUGACUGCAGCACUGACCAGGAAGAGAAAAUUGAAGAUGUUACCAGUCAGUGCCUGCUCCAGAAGGACCUGUAUGCCGCUGACGAGGACACGGAUACCCUUUUCCCUAGGAAAAUGACAUCCCAUAAUGGGAUGGAGGACAGUGGUGGAGGAGGGACCGGAGUGAAGAAGAAACGGAAGAAAAAGAAUGUAGGGGAGCAAGAGGGCGCAGCGAAGGGAAGUAAGGACAGGGAGCCCAAGCCAAAGAGGAAGCGAGAACCUAAAGAGCCAAAGGAACCGAGGAAGGCCAAGGAGCCCAAGAAGGCCAAGGAGCCCAAGGAGCCGAAGCAGAGGGAAGGCGCCAAGAAGCCGCGGAAGCCCCGCGAGGCCUCGGGCACGAAGGAGGCCAAAGAGAAGAGGAGUGGAGCUGAGUCUGUAACCAGGACCAAGUCCAGGAAGACCAGCAAGGACCAAGGACCGACCCCAGUGGAGAAAAAGAAGAAAGGAAAAAGGAAAAGUGAAACGACGGUGGAAAGUUUAGAGCUGGACCAGGGCCUGCAGAACUCAUCGCUGCGGAGUCCAGAGGAGUCCACCGAGUCUACGGACAGUCAGAAACGACGGUCAGGACGACAGGUGAAGCGCAGAAAAUACAACGAGGAUCUGGACUUCAAAGUUGUAGAUGAUGACGGGGAAACAAUUGCGGUCCUUGGAGCUGGCCGGACAUCCGCCCUCUCGGCUUCUACCCUGGCUUGGCAGGCAGAGGAGCCUCCAGAAGAUGAUGCCAACAUCAUUGAAAAGAUCCUGGCAUCUAAGACAGUCCGAGAGGUUCACCCUGGAGAACCUCCGUUUGACUUGGAGCUAUUCUACGUUAAGUAUAGAAAUUUUUCCUACUUACAUUGUAAAUGGGCCACAAUGGAAGAGCUCGAGAAGGAUCCUCGCAUCGCACAGAAGAUCAAGCGAUUUAGGAAUAAGCAAGCCCAGAUGAAGCACAUUUUCACUGAGCCUGAUGAAGACUUGUUCAAUCCCGACUAUGUAGAAGUCGAUCGCAUCUUGGAGGUGGCGCACACCAAGGAUGCAGAAACAGGAGAGGAAGUGACGCAUUACCUAGUGAAGUGGUGCUCGCUGCCAUAUGAAGAAAGCACUUGGGAGCUCGAGGAAGAUGUGGAUCCUGCAAAAGUGAAAGAAUUCGAGUCUCUUCAAAUUCUGCCAGAAAUUAAGCACGCGGAGCGGCCAGCUUCGGACUCAUGGCAGAAACUUGAGAAGUCCCGGGAGUAUAAGAACAGUAACCAGCUCCGGGAGUACCAGCUAGAGGGAAUGAACUGGCUCCUUUUCAACUGGUAUAACAGAAAAAACUGUAUCUUAGCAGAUGAAAUGGGCCUAGGAAAAACCAUUCAGUCCAUCACAUUCCUUUCGGAAAUAUUCCUGAGGGGAAUACACGGCCCUUUCCUCAUCAUCGCCCCUCUCUCCACCAUCACCAACUGGGAGCGCGAGUUCCGGACGUGGACCGAGAUGAACGCGAUUGUGUACCACGGCAGCCAGAUCAGCAGGCAGAUGAUCCAGCAGUACGAAAUGGUGUACAGAGACGCACAGGGAAACCCCCUUUCAGGAAUCUUCAAAUUCCACGUCGUCAUCACAACGUUUGAGAUGAUCCUGGCAGACUGCCCAGAGCUGAAGAAGAUUCACUGGAGCUGUGUGAUAAUUGAUGAAGCCCACAGAUUGAAGAAUAGGAACUGCAAACUCCUGGAGGGUCUGAAGCUCAUGGCCCUGGAGCAUAAAGUCCUACUCACCGGGACGCCCCUGCAGAACUCUGUGGAGGAGCUGUUCAGCCUGCUCAAUUUUCUGGAGCCGUCUCAGUUUCCGUCAGAGACUGCGUUCUUGGAGGAGUUUGGAGAUCUGAAAACAGAGGAGCAGGUGAAGAAACUGCAGUCUAUCUUAAAACCAAUGAUGCUUCGGCGCCUGAAAGACGAUGUGGAAAAGAAUCUUGCUCCCAAACAAGAGACAAUCAUUGAAGUAGAGCUGACUAAUAUCCAGAAAAAGUAUUACCGUGCCAUCCUGGAGAAGAACUUUUCCUUCCUGGCCAAGGGAGCCAAUCAGCACAACAUGCCCAAUCUCAUCAAUACCAUGAUGGAGCUGAGAAAGUGCUGUAACCACCCAUACCUUAUCAAUGGGGCGGAGGAGAAAAUUUUAGAAGAUUUCCGAAAAACCCACAGCCCUGAUGCUUCUGACUUUCAGCUGCAGGCCAUGAUUCAGGCAGCAGGGAAGCUGGUGUUGAUUGAUAAGCUACUCCCUAAGCUGAUUGCUGGCGGCCACAAAGUGCUCAUCUUCUCCCAGAUGGUGCGCUGCCUCGAUAUCCUAGAAGAUUAUCUCAUCCAGAGAAGAUACACCUAUGAGCGAAUUGAUGGGCGAGUACGGGGCAACCUGCGCCAGGCAGCCAUCGACCGGUUCUGUAAGCCGGACUCAGACCGCUUUGUCUUUCUUCUGUGCACCAGAGCAGGAGGCCUGGGAAUCAAUCUCACAGCUGCUGAUACCUGCAUCAUAUUUGAUUCAGACUGGAACCCACAAAAUGACCUGCAGGCUCAGGCCCGAUGUCACCGGAUAGGACAGAGCAAAGCUGUGAAAGUGUACCGCCUAAUUACUCGGAACUCUUAUGAACGAGAAAUGUUUGACAAAGCCAGCCUCAAGCUGGGUCUGGACAAGGCUGUCCUUCAGGACAUCAACCGAAAGGGCAGUACCAACGGAGUACAGCAGCUCUCCAAAAUGGAGGUGGAGGACUUGCUCCGGAAGGGUGCUUACGGAGCCUUGAUGGAUGAGGAGGAUGAAGGCUCAAAGUUCUGUGAAGAAGACAUAGACCAGAUUCUGCAGAGAAGAACCCACACAAUCACCAUCCAGACUGAAGGGAAAGGGUCCACGUUUGCUAAGGCUAGUUUUGUGGCUUCAGGAAAUAGAACAGAUAUUUCCUUGGAUGACCCUAACUUUUGGCAGAAAUGGGCUAAAAUAGCUGAGCUGGACACUGAAGCAAAGAAUGAAAAGGAAAGUUUAGUGAUUGACCGCCCUCGUGUGAGGAAGCAGACCAAGCACUACAACUCCUUUGAGGAGGAUGAGCUGAUGGAGUUUUCGGAGUUAGACAGUGACUCCGACGAAAGGCCCACGCGAUCAAGGCGCCUCAAUGACAAAACCAGGCGCUACCUCCGAGCUGAAUGCUUCCGCGUGGAGAAGAACCUGCUCAUCUUCGGCUGGGGCCGGUGGAAGGACAUCCUGACUCAUGGGCGCUUCAAGUGGCAUCUGAACGAGAAAGACAUGGAGAUGAUUUGCCGUGCCCUGCUGGUGUACUGUGUCAAGCAUUACAAAGGAGACGAGAAGAUCAAGAGUUUCAUUUGGGAGUUGAUCACACCUACCAAAGAUGGGCAGGCCCAGACCCUUCAGAACCACUCAGGAUUGUCUGCCCCAGUCCCAAGAGGACGAAAGGGAAAGAAGACCAAGAAUCAGCUGCUGCUUCCAGAAUUAAAGAAUGCAGACUGGCUGGCGACCUGCAACCCUGAGGUCGUCUUGCAUGAUGAUGGCUACAAGAAACACCUGAAACAGCACUGCAACAAGGUACUUUUACGGGUCCGGAUGUUAUACUACCUAAAAGCUGAAAUACUGGGAGAAGCCGCUGACAAAGCAUUUGAAGGUGCUCUGGCCAGAGAGCUGGAGGUGCCUCUCCCUGACAUCGACUAUGUGGAGAUCCCAGCGGAUUGGUGGGAUGCGGAGGCGGAUAAAUCCCUUCUGAUUGGCGUGUUCAAGCAUGGCUAUGAGAGGUACAACGCCAUGCGGGCCGACCCAGCACUUUGCUUCCUAGAGAAAGUUGGAAUGCCGGAUGAGAAGUCUCUGUCUGCAGAACAGGGAGUCACAGAUGGCACCUCAGACAUUCCUGAAAGAGGCAACACGGAUAAAGAAGAUAAUGCUGAGGAGAAAUUAGAAGGCCUCCAGAAACAAGUGGAGAGUUCCAGUGAUGGUGGCGAUGGCAUUUUUGUUGAAAAGAAAGAUGACAGCCGGGCAGCCCAGGAUGGCUCCGACCCAGACAAAUCGCCCUGGCCAGUCUCCUCCGCGCUCACGGCUCGCCUCAGACGUCUGGUCACUAUCUACCAGCGCUGCAAUCGCAAAGAGCUCUGCCGGCCUGAAAUUCUGGGGCCAGGGAGCCAAGGAUACUGGGUCCAGGAAGAGAUGUUCAGGAGAACCUCAGAAAUGGACCUCGUCAGUAAGGAAGCCCAAAAGAGGUGGACUAGGAGGGAACAGGCCGACUUCUACAGAACAGUAUCUUCCUUUGGUGUUCUUUAUGACCAAGAAAAGCAAACCUUUGACUGGACGCAGUUCCGAAUCAUUUCGCGUUUGGACAAGAAAUCCGAUGAGAGCUUGGAGCACUACUUUUACAGUUUCGUGGCCAUGUGCCGAAAUGUCUGUCGUCUGCCUGCAUGGAAAGAUGAAGGGCCCCCAGAUCCCACCAUCUACGUGGAGCCCAUCACUGAGGAAAGAGCCGCAAGAACUCUGUACCGCAUUGAACUUCUGCGGAAGGUCCGCGAGCAGGUGCUCAGGUGUCCCCAGCUCCACGAGCGUCUCCAGCUGUGCAGGCCCAGCCUCUACCUCCCGGUCUGGUGGGAGUGUGGGAAACAUGACCGUGACCUGCUCAUCGGCACGGCCAAGCACGGCCUGAACCGCACGGACUACUACAUCAUGAACGACCCCCAGCUGUCCUUCCUGGAUGCCUACAGAAACUAUGCCCAGCAUAAAAGAAUCGACACUCCGGCACCAGAAGGUCUCUGUUGCCUUUACCAGACGAACUCCAAACUGUAUGAAUCUCUUACGUAUACUCACGUGAGCCGGACUUCGGAGACCCUUGAGAGCGAACCUGAGAACCUGGUGAAAAUGGAAAGCAGGGAAGAUCACCUUGGCCAGCCCAGGGGCAGCUUACCUGACAUCACUUGUGAAAGCCUUAUUUCUAAGGUUCAGGAUGUCCUUUCCAUCAACCAUGAUGAGAGUCUGCUGCCCGAGUCCUUGGAAAGUGUGCUGUACGGUAAGAAGGUGCUGAGCCAGGAGCCACUGAGCUUCCAGGACAGCCCGAGCAGCGCCAGUGCUGACUCCAGGAGAGAUACGGCCGUCGGCUCAGCAGGCCACGAUGGGGACACGCAGUCCGGUGGCCACGAGGCAGAGGUCACCUCAGGCCCGUCAUUUAUGGGUCUUAUAGAAUCAGGAGUUGCUCAGAUGAACAAUAAAAAUGGAAACCAUUUACUGAUGUCCAUUUCAAAGGAGGGUGAACUGUGCUGCAGUGAGGCCGGGCCAAGACCUGACAGCCUUCGGCAUCUGGAAACCAAACACAUCCCGUCACCUUCCUUGGACCAAGGAAACGAGAGCGGGUUUCUCGAUAUGUGUAAUCUUAGUGUCUGUAACUCCAGAACAAGCCUGUCAGCAGAUCAGCAGUUGAUCGAUUUACUAGAAAACAAAAGUUUAGAAAGUAAGUUGAUUUUGAGUCAGAACCACAGCGAUGAGGAGGAGGAGGAGGAAGAAAAUGAGGAGGAAAACUUGGGCAUGGCAUCAGAUAUAAGGGAGAAGCCAGAGGUUUUGCACCUGCUGGAGCCCAGUACGCCUAUCCCAACAGAGAAGAAUCGAGGCUUCCCCAUGGUUGAAGCCGAGAAGGGAAGCCUGGAGGUGGGAAGCCUGAGUCCCGGGCCCCAGAGGGCCUUCCCCCCAGGGGCCUGUCAGUGCCACUGCAAACACAUGGAGAGGUGGAAGGGUGGCCUGGACAGCGUGGACUUUGACAUGGAGAAGCCCCAGGGCUAUAGCCCAGACCUGUACAAAAGCAAGGCUAAUAGUGUGGCCAGGGAGAACGAGCUGACUGCUGUUCCUCUGGAGCCCUUUAAAGUGAGACAGGAGCUUUUAAAAGAACCCUGGAAGGAAGGUGCAGAAGGGAAGAAAGAUUUCCCGACGUAUCCUCUCGAAGCAAGUGAGGUUAAGUCAGAAGACAUGGACUUUGAGAGCAAGGAUGAUUAUGACAGAAAUGGACACUGCCAUGGUCAAGAUUAUCCCGGGAAAUACUCUGAAGAGGAGAGUAAAAGCCCGACGUUGGGCAUCUUGGGAGACACGGGGGAUGACCUCCAGGAGACCCGGGCCCCCACCAUCGCUCAGCUGCUCCAGGAGAAAACCCUGUACUCCUUCUCGGAGUGGCCCAAGGAUCGUGUGAUAAUUAACCGCCUAGAUAACAUCUGCCACGUGGUGUUGAAGGGCAAAUGGCCGAGCAGCCAGCAGUACGAGCCCUCAGGCACACUACCCACGGUAUUGGCCAGUAGUACUGGUCCUCGAAACAGCCUCUCGGAGCCAGAAGCCUCAGAGCACAGCUUCAGCAAUGGUGCAGCGUUGGCCCCAAUCCAGAAGGAGAGCUUCUUGACUCCAGUCUUCACAAAAGACGAGCAAAAGCACAGGCAUCCCUACGAGUUUGACGUGGAGAGGGACGCAAAGGCGCGGAGCCUCGACCAGUUCUCUGCCACCCAUGGGCACCCUCCCAUCGUCCUCAAUGGCUGGCAUGGCGAGUCAGCUAUCGACCUAUCUUGCACAUCUGAGGGGUCCCCAGGAGCCACAUCCCCUUUCCCAGUAAGCGCCAGUACCCCUAAAAUUGGGACAAUCGGUUCACUUCAAGGAGCCCUUGGCAUGGAUUUGUCUGGGAUUCUACAAGCUGGCCUGAUCCACCCAGUGACUGGACAGAUUGUCAAUGGAAGCCUAAGAAGAGACGAUGCGGCCACGAGGCGGAGGAGAGGGCGACGGAAACACGUGGACGGAGGGAUGGACCUCAUCUUUCUGAAGGAGCAGACACUGCAGGCAGGAAUCUUGGAAGUACACGAAGACCCAGUGCAGGCCACCCUGAGCACCACUCACCCCGAAGCACCAGUGCCUGCUACCUCAGCCCCCGAAACAGCCACAGCCUCCGGCAGCCAAGACAAAGCCAUUCCCGGCAAGAGUCUGCUCGACUGGCUGAGGCAGCAGUCCGACUGUUCCUUAGAGGUUCCUGGCUUUGGGACAACUUUUUCAGACAAACCAAAGCAGAGGAGGCCACGUUGUAAGGAGCCUGGAAAGUUGGACAUGAACUCUCUGAGUGGAGAAGAGAGGGUACCUGCCAUGCCCGCGGAGCCAGGACCAAGGGUGUUUCUCCCAGAAAACAAGUUCAACCACACCCUGCCUGAGCCAGUUCUCCGAGACACAGGUCCCCGCCGGAGGGGGAGACGGCCCCGGAGCGAGCUGCUGAAAGCUCCCGCCAUCGUGGCAGACUCGCCGUCCGGCAUGGGACCCCUGUUCAUGAACGGACUGAUUGCUGGGAUGGACCUGGUGGGACUCCAGAACAUGAGAAACAUGCCGGGCAUCCCCCUGACCGGGCUGGUGGGCUUUCCGGCCGGCUUUGCUGCAAUGCCUACAGGCGAAGAGGUCAAAAGCACUUUGAGCAUGCUUCCCAUGAUGCUCCCGGGAAUGGCCACAGUGCCCCAGAUGUUCGGUGUUGGGGGACUCCUCAGUACGCCCAUGACAACUGCCUGCACUUCAACUGCUCCCACAUCUUUAUCAAGCACAACAAAAAGUGGUACGUCGACAACCGAAAAGACUGCAGAAGACAAGCCCGGUAGCCGUGAUGUGAACACGGAUACGUUAGCUGAAGACAAGCCUGGCCCUAGUCCGUUUUCUGACCAGUCGGAACCUGCAAUAACUACUAGUAGUCCUGUGGCUUUUAACCCAUUUCUCAUCCCAGGAGUGUCGCCUGGACUCAUCUACCCAUCCAUGUUCCUCUCCCCCAGCAUGGGCAUGGCUCUGCCCGCCAUGCAGCAGGCCAGACACUCUGAAAUCCUAGGGCUGGAGAGCCAGAAGAGGAAGAAGAAGAAAACUAAAGGGGACACCUCGCACCCCAACCCAGAGCCUGCUCCCGGGCCUGAACAGGAGGCCGGCGGCCAUCAGAACUGCACCGAAGCUAGUGCACCUUUGCCCCCAGACAGAGAACAUAUGGCACAGGCUGGGGACGGGGGACCCAAAGACUCCAAUGACGACACCAAUUAG